AUGGCCCAGACUACUAGCAGCCCUGCCAAUGCCGAUAUUGGCUCCUCCUCAUCCAGCUUCCCGCAUGAAGCCCUGCCUGCUGGCCCUGUCUCCUCCCCUCCUCACACUACGGCCACCAACAAUAAUAAUGGGUUCCAACGCCAUACCAAUACCACCAGCACCUCCAGCAUAAUCAGCAAUGGAAAUCACAACAACACCUGCCACACCCAUAACCAUCGCCCAUCCCAGCUACCAGACACAUACGCAGCCCUGACAGCCUCCAUCGCCUCAUUCCUAGCUGUCAGCAUUCACCAAAUUCUCUACCUCCGCGCUAUCUACCCGCAAUCCACUUUCCUGCCCGUCCGCCAUUUCAACCGACCCGUCAGACAAUCAAGACAUCCCCGUGUCUGCACCUGGAUCACAGACGCCUGUGCCGCCGUCGAGGCCCAGCUGCUGAAAUGCACCAUCGCCGCUGUCUCCAUCGUUAUACUCUCCUCAAGCAACAAUCAGCCACUUGAAAGGUAUACCUUCGACAUGACACAGAUACCGGAGGUGCCACCUGGUGAUGUCCGUACUCCAUUUGACAACGAUAACGACAACUCUAGAGCAUCUGAGGACCCCAAAAAUCAACAGCAGCAGCAGCAGCAGCAAUCUAUCAAACCCCAAACCCAUAUCCCACCCGUCGAACUCGAGGCCCAAUUCCGCGCAGUCCUCGCCCGCCUCGCCUCCGCAUGCGCACGAUUAACACCCCUCCCCCGCAACGAAGAGUACAUCCCAACACUCCACAUUGUCUUGCGCAACACUGCAGAUGCCCCUGCCGGCAUCUCUAACGCAGAUCACCUAUGGAUCGCUGCUGAGCCAUCCAAAUUAGACCUAAACGGUAACUGUAAUAGUAGCAAUACUGCAAACGGAUGCGGAAUUUUUCUCAGUGGUAAAUGUGCUGUUGGUGGGGUAGGGGAAUUCGACAGGGCCGGUUCCAGGGGUCGAGCGAAGACUGUACCUGUUCGGACAGUGGAUGCUGGCGAGUUGAAGAUGGAAAUUUGGGUGGAGGAGGCGAAGGGGAAGUUUGCAGAGUUGAACCGUAUUCGGGCGGUCCACGAGACCUAG